ACAGAAAAUAAAGCUACUGGGGGGGUUGCACUAUCUUUAUUAUCUCCUCAUUAAGCUGAGGAGUAUAGCAGAACAGAAGUAUCAGCAGAUAUAAGAAAAAAAGAAAUUUAUAUUUCUUAAAUUAUUUAGACAAAAACCACUGACAUACUGAUGGCUGGCAUUGUGCAUUUCACAACUAUGGUCGUCAUUUUUGGUCUUGGAUGUCAAGCAUUGGAUCUUCUGAAGGCAACUGCAACAUUAGGAGAUCCUCCCUCCACUCCCACAGUGCACUGCAGGUGUUCCAGCUAUCCGAAUGUGACGCUUUGCUCCUGGCCAGAACCUCUCUGCUCCCAACCAACACAUUACCUUGCCACCUACAGUGAGAGACACAGUAACGGCGAUGCCAAGAUGUGCCACCUGAUCCCUCCUAGCUCUUCAUCCACCUCUCUAACGACUGAACCAUCCUCUUCAGUGUCUGAGCAGGUACUCUGGCACUGUCCCCUACCCAACCUGAAACUUCUCACUGAAUACAUUCUCAACAUCACAGCAGUUCAUUCUGGGGGAAGCAGCUCUCAUCUAACAAGUUUCAUGCUGGAGAAUAUUGUUAAACCAGAUCCUCCUGUAGAUGUCCGGGUUUCCCCUAUGGCUACCAAAAACAUUUUGGUGGAAUGGUCUCCUCCUCCUACGUGGAAAAGCAUGGACAUCUUCCCACUGAAAUACCAGAUACUGUACCAGUGGAAAACCAGGGGCACCACAAAGUCUAUCAAUUUGGGUCCAUUUGAGAACACCAAGACCGAACUGAAGGGGCUGAUCCCAGGGAGGACCUACCAGUUCCAGGUGUGUGCUAAGGAAAUGCUGGGCCUGGGCCAGUGCAGCGACUGGAGUUCAUCUGUACAAAUCACAAUACCAACAACAAAACCAUAGUAACCUCUGCUCACUUUUGUCUUUAUGUAUAAACCUCUUUGUAAACUAACAGGGAAGGAAAUAUUAGGUUCUUUAUUUAUGAUAAGAGUUGCACAGACAAUGCAAGUAAGAGGUGUUGAUGUUCCGUUUUUUAUGUAAUGAAAUCUAUUAAUAAUAUUUGUACAGUGCAGAAAUACGAUUUAUUUUUAUACUGUUUGUUUAGGAUUGUUACAUUGCUUGAAGUGAAAAAGAGGAUAAUAAUCACAGAGUUAAAAACCGCAUAAAAAAUAAAUACGUAAGGAUUGUCAA